GGGAGCGGGCGCUGGAGUUCGACGGCGGCAACGCCAUUGGCUGUUGCUGCGCGAAGCUUGUAGCCAAUAGGAACGUAGGCGCUUUUGCUUUAUCAACAGCGCCCGGGAGCCCGCUGCUUUAUUUCAGUAUUGUUCAGCGAACACAUCUGAGCUGCAUCAUGAGCGGAAGAGGCAAAACCGGCGGAAAGGCAAGGGCCAAGGCCAAGACUCGCUCCUCCCGCGCCGGGCUCCAGUUCCCCGUGGGCCGUGUGCACAGGCUCCUGCGCAAAGGAAACUACGCCGAGCGUGUUGGCGCCGGCGCCCCCGUCUACCUUGCGGCUGUCCUGGAGUAUCUUACCGCUGAGAUUCUCGAGUUGGCCGGCAACGCUGCCCGCGACAACAAGAAGACUCGUAUCAUCCCCCGUCAUCUGCAGUUGGCUGUUCGCAACGACGAGGAGUUGAACAAACUGCUCGGAGGAGUUACCAUCGCCCAGGGUGGUGUGCUGCCCAACAUUCAGGCUGUGCUUCUCCCCAAGAAAACCGAGAAGGCGGUCAAGGCCAAGUAAAUCUCCGCUUUCCGCUUCUUUGUCCAUACCCAAAGGCUCUUUUAAGAGCCACCCAA